AUGCAGACAAGUGCCGACACGGUGGAGGGCUGGCUGCUCAAGCAGGGCGCCAAGGGCCUGCGCAAGGGCUUCAAGAAGCGGUGGUUCUCGCUCCAUGCCAACCGCCUCCACUACUUCGAAAACAAGGGCGACCCGCAGGCCAAGUCCCUCGGCUUCAUCGACAUCCUCGCCGCCAGCGCCGUCGUCCCCGCCUUCCCCACGCCCUCCUCCACCAACUCCUCCACCAAGAGCGCGGGCAACUGCGAGUUUCAGGUGGUGACGCCGCAGCGCGUCUACGCGCUGGUGGCGGCGUCCGAGCAGGAGAUGAAGCAGUGGGUCGCGGCCCUGGACACCCACCGCCAGCGCCUCAUCCGCCAGAGCCGCGACGGCCAGGACGCGGCCAACCUGCGCCGCGGCAGCGUCGGCGCCCUGUCGUCGCCGGCGUCGGCCUUCGUGGCCGGCACCAGCAGCGGCCGCCCGCAGCCGCCCACCGCCCGCCGGGCCGUCCACACCAUGACGCCCCAGCAGGGCCGCCAGUUCGAGAUCGGCCGCCGCCCGACCGACGCCACGGCGACCGUCCACACCACCGAGCCCACGUCAGGCUCUGCUGGCGCUGCCAUGUCAUCAUCGCCGUCGGCCGUGUCGCGCGAGCUGAGCGGGCUGUCGCUGCAGAGCGGGUCCAACCGGCGCAGCGUGCUGUCGUCAUCGCAGACGCUCACGGCCGUCGACGACGCCGUGGCCCACAUCAACGUCGGCGACGGAAGCGAGGGCGUCGGCAGUGAAGGCGGUGGUGGCUCGGGCGGCGAAGAUGCGGGGCUCGCGCGGGAGAACAAGCGGCUUCAGUUCAAGGUGGCCGAGCUGGAGCGCGACCUGGACGAGCGCGAGGAGAUGCUCAAGGAGCUCAAGCGCGAGAUUGUGAAGGACCUGCGCGAGCUGGCCGACAAGCACCGCCAGCGCGACGACGAGAUGCGCCAACUGCGCGACGAGCUGGCCUUUGCCCACCAGAAGCUGAACGAGCUCCAGCCCCCCAAGAGCGAAAGCGAAGAAAAGAGCGAAAGCGAAAAGAGCGAAAACGGCGCCAGUGGUGACAAGGACGCGGUGAUUCGCGACCAGCAGCGGCAGAUCGAGGGGCUCAAGGCGCAGCUGCAGGAGCGCAUCGAGGAGGAAGCGGCCAAGAUGCGGGAGAAGGUGCGGUUCGCGAUCGACAAGCUCAAGCAGGAGCAGGAGGCCGAGAUCCGCAGGCUCUCCCAGCAGAAGGUCGGAGCCGCCGGUGGCGCCGGCGACGACGCCGAACAGCUGCGGCAGGAGAACGCGGCCCUGCGCGAGGAGGUGAAGCGGGUCGUGGAGAAGAUGGACGCGCUCGUUCGCAAGGCCCACCAGUUGCUGCUGGGCGCCACAGGAGCCGACGAGGGCGCGGCCGCGGUGGUCGAGCCAGAGCCAGAGCCAGUCGGCAAGCGGGCGGAUGACGUCAGCACCCUACAGGUCGAGGCGGGCGGCAAGCGGGCGGAUGACGUCAGCACCGCCAGUGACACGGAGGGAGGCGUGGUGACCUACGGCCGCAGGAAGGUCGCCCUGUCCAAGCCGGACCCGGGCGAUGAAGAUGACGAUGAAGAUGAUGAAGAUGAUGACGAUGACGAUGACGAAGAAGAAGAUGAUGAUGAAGAUGACGAAAGUGAUGAAGAGGACGAUGCGGACGACAACCUAUUGCGGGCCGAGGCGCUCUACGACUUUGCGGCCCGCAACGAAAACGAGAUCAGCUUCACCAAGGGAGAGGUCUUGAUCGUGCACGAGAAGGACACCAGCGGGUGGUGGAAGGCGGAGGUGCGAAGGAAGCGGAAGAAGCAGGGGCGAGGCAGCGCCGCCACCAGCGGCGCACCUGCGGCGGCGACGAUCGGGGUGGUGCCCUCCAACUACCUCCGCGUCCUCUACAAGGCCCCCUCCUUCAACUUUAAGCUCUCCUCUAAGGUGAAUCUGUCGAUUAGGGAACUGCAGAAGAAGUGCGGCUUCAUCACGCCUGAAGAGACGAAGAAAACCACCACGACGAAGGAAAAGAAGAAGAAGAAGAGAAAGAAGACGAGGAAGACGACGACGACGAAGAAGAACGACGACGACGCAAUCAACGCCAAUGGCGGCGGUAACGACGACGAAGGUGACGAAGAGCUGAAGAGCAUCAGGCAGCGCACGGCCUCCAUCUCGGAGAAUCGGGCCGAGAUGAUCGCCGGCGUGCAGGCCCUGCUGCUCGAGCAGCGCGGCUUCCUGGCCCGCCAGAAGGAGCUCCUCCGCACCCGCACCCCCACCGCCCGGCCCGACCUGGUGCGCGACCUGCAGGCCGGCAGCGGCGGCGGCGAGUCGACGUCCACGGGCUCGGCGGCGGCCCUGGUCCACCUCACCCGCAGCCGGCCGACGAUCUCCGGCAAGCGCCGGCCCAGCCGCCGGCUCCGCUCGGCCCACGUCAACUCCGACGUCCGAGCCCCCACCGGCGCCGGCGAAAACGAAAGCGAAAAGGAAAAAGAAGAAGAGCGAAACGAAGAACUAAACGAAAAGGAAAACGAAAAGGAAAGCGAAAGCGAAAGCGACAAGGAGGAAGAACGAGAAGAGGUGGUCGAUGAAGAGCAGGAGACGACGUCGAUGGCGACGAUGAUGAAGGAGCUGCAGUGGCGUCUGGAGAAGGCUGAGGAGGUGAUCGAGGCCAACCGAAUGGAGCUCGAGAUGGCGACGGAGAAGGAGAUGAUCCUGCGCCUCGAGAUGCGGUCGCUCUCGCUCGAAUCCAAGACCAGCCAGGCCGAGGUCGAGCUCGAGCGCGAGCGGGCGGCCGAGCUGGCGGCCAGGGUCGAGGCGCUGGCCGAGGCCGUGCGCGAGCGCGAGGCCGAGAUUGCCCUGUGGCGCGCCUCGUCCCGCACGAGCGUCCGCGCGGCGGAGAACGAAAGCGACGACAUCAAAGAAAAGAACGAAGACGGCGACGCCAACAAAGAAAAGAGCGAAGGCGAAGAGGCCCGGGUCCAGACGGGGCAGGAAAAGAACGAAGAAAAGAGCGAAGCCGAAGAGGCCACGACCGAGGUCGUCGUCUACAAGAAGAACGAAACGGUCGACGCCUCGUCGUCGGAACGGCUGAUGGAGGAGAUCAUGGCGCGCAACCGGCGGGUGGAGGAGCUAGAGCUGGAGGUGCGCGAGCGCGGCGAGGUGAUCGAGAAGCUGAUGAUGGAAGUGCGUGCCCGCGAGGAGGAGAAGGAGCGCGAGCGCGAACGGGCCGACGCCGAGAGCUGGUGGACCGAGGAGCGCCAGCGCCUUCUCGGCCUCAUCGGCACACCACCACCCACCGCACCCGAUGCUGACGUCAGCACUGCCGCGUCAACACCCACCACGCCCACCACCUCCACCGAGCCGGCGCCUGCUGAGCCCGACGUUGCCAGGGGAAACGUUGCCGAGGUCGAAGAGCUGAGAGAGCGUGCGCAGCGGCUCGAGGCGGAGAAGGCGGCGCGCCGAGAGGAGGAGCACAUCGGCGAGGAGCUCAUCCGUCUGCAGGCCCAGCUCAUCGCCCACAUGGUCGGCAUGGUCGCGGCCGAUCCCACCGCCGCCGCCACCACCACCGCGGCCCAGCCGUCGCGCGAGGACCAGGCGGCCGAGGUGCGCCAGCUGCUCGAGGAGCUGGACUACCUGGCCCGCAAGCGGCAGGCGCUCCUCGCGGCCCGCAAGGAGCUGGCGGCGGCGGCCGACGCUGACGGCGGCGCCGCUGAGACGCCGGCCGUCCGGGCGAGGCGUGCGACGACGGUCAUGGCGAUGAGGCGGCGCUCGAUCUUCCCGGCCGGCGCGGCCCCGCCGCCACUGCCCUCGCUGCCGUCGCUGGCCUCCUCGCUCGAGAAGGCCGCCACGUCAUCAGUUGUUAAUGAGGCUGCUGACGUCAGCAAGCCCGAGAAGGACGACGCCGCGCCUGAUGACGACGACGAUGAAGGGGAAGAGGAGGUGAGGCCAACGGUGGUGAUCGGCGACAAGCGGGAUUCGGGUGGGCGGGAGCGCUCGAAGAGGCUGUCGUCACCGCUGUCGCCUCCGCCGCCGGACGGUCCCCUCAUGCGGGCCAAGGAGAAGAAGAUCCGCAAGCUGACCGCCAAGCUGGCCAAGAAGAAGAUGGAAGGCCGCGAGGUUACGGUGGGGGCCGGACCGGAGUGGGUGCUGGACGUGAUGGUGCCGGAGUGCGUCGGCUGCCACGCGCAGUUCACCCUCAUCAAACGCCGACACCACUGCCGCAACUGCGGCAAGGUGUUCUGUGGGAAAUGCACAUCGCUCUCGUGCAGCAUCGAGGAGCUGGGCUACACGGAGCCCGUGCGCGUGUGCGAACCCUGCUUCGCGGUCCUCCACACCAACCAGCGGCGGCGGCCAUGGUGA